UGGAUCCAGUGCUGCGAUGACGCUGCGGACGGGUGUGUGCCGGGCUGUUGCCUUGGCGGCCCUCGUGGUUUUUACGAUAGUGACCAAUGUUGAUGCUGUGGGGCAGUGUUCCGGCUGUACCACGCCAGUCAAAUGCAAUUGUACAGGAAUAAAAGGCCGAGGUGGAGCGGAAGGUAUUCCCGGUAUGCCAGGACUACGCGGUCCACCAGGUGACACUGGAUAUCCUGGUAGUAGUGGAAGUAAAGGAGAAAAAGGAUCGGACGGAGGCUACGGAAUCGGUGGUGACAGAGGAGCUAGAGGGGAUCCGGGCGAAAGAGGUCCAGACGGUUUAUCAGGCAGACCGGGUCAAACUGGAGAUAUAGGGCCUCAAGGUCCGAUAGGUUUGGACGGGUGUAACGGAACUGACGGCAGACCGGGAGCACAAGGCACUAGAGGUUACCCUGGUAUUCGAGGAGGCCUAGGACCCGAAGGACCACAAGGUCCUCGAGGAGAACCAGGCGAAGGUGGUGGUAACUCGAUUGGUACCAAAGGCGACUGGGGCGAAUCUGGAUACAACGGGCUACCUGGACUGGACGGACGCGUCGGUCCUUCGGGUUUACCUGGCUAUCAAGGACCACAAGGAGCUCAAGGUUUAGUCGGACCUCAAGGUCCAAUAGGUGCUCCAGGUGAUCAAGGAGACAGCCGAAGAGGUCCAAAAGGUAAUAAAGGAGAAUCGGGUGAUCAAGGUCCAGCUGGUGAACGUGCGGACGACUCCGAACACCACGAAGACGGCACACCGAACAUUCAACUAGUAAAAGGUGUCCGAGGCAUGAAAGGAGAGAGAGGAGAAAUGGGUCCGAUGGGCUACAAGGGUUUCUGGGGAGAAAAGGGACGCGCUGGACUUUCUGGUCUUAAAGGAGCCGCAGGCUACAAAGGUGACCGUGGUGAAGACGGUCCGCCAGGCAAACAAGGCAAAGAUGGCCCGAAAGGUCAACCCGGCGAAAAAGGCUACAAAGGAGCUCCUGGCUACGCUGGAAUUGACGGAUCUGACGGUUCGAAAGGUGAGCUGGGUGAAGAAGGCAGACCUGGUAUUCCUGGCGAACAAGGUCCCGAAGGACCUCCUGGUUUAUACGACCCGUUCCUUGAUGAAAUUAUCGGAGGAGCUAUCGGCAGGCAAGGUCCGACUGGUUUUCCGGGUUUGCAAGGUUUAUCGGGACUCCCUGGUGAUGAGGGACAAUCGGGUCCAAUUGGACCACCGGGUCCGCCUGGACCACCCGGACAAAUGGGAUUGCCUGGACUUAAAGGUAUUUCCAUAAAGGGAGAACGGGGUGACGAUGGUCAACCAGGCGCUCCCGGAAGAACUGGCCAACCAGGAAACUCCGGCCCGAUGGGACUGGCAGGAGAAAAAGGCCUCAAAGGCGAAACAGUUGUGGGACCUCAAGGCCCUGGUGGAAUACCUGGAACUAGAGGCUUCGACGGGUUACCCGGUGAUCGUGGUGAUCCUGGUGACAGAGGGAGAAAGGGAUUCCCAGGUAUCGGCACACCAAUUAGAGGACCACCAGGUCCACCGGGUCCCAGAGGACAACCAGGUCCUGUCGGUUACGACGGAGCUCUAGGAUAUAACGGAUUUCCAGGUACGAAAGGUCGUAAAGGAGAUGAUUGUGGCGUGUGCAGACCAGGACGUAAUGGAGUCAAAGGAGACCUUGGAGAACCUGGUAGAAACGGUCGUCCCGGCCCUAUCGGCUUUAUAGGUCUAUCUGGUGAAAGAGGCAAAACAGGAUUUUCUGGUAAACCUGGUUUCCCUGGUAUCGACGGCUUAGACGGUACACCUGGUCAAAACGGUCUAAUGGGUCGUCCGGGACCUUCAGGUGAACCUGGUAGAAUUGUACUGCCUCCAGGAGCUGCUAUGGUCGCAGAUAUGGGUGACAAAGGAGAUGCAGGAUUACCAGGCCUCGAAGGACCUGCUGGGGAGCCAGGCUUUAAGGGUCCCCCAGGCGACAGUGGUCCGAGAGGAUAUGCCGGACCCCAAGGUGAUGUUGGAAACGAUGGUAUUCCUGGACGAGACGGAACCGCAGGAAUACCCGGUCUUAUAGGUGAAAAAGGUGACCGUCAUACCAUACCUAAAGAAUUUUUAGUUGGAGAUAGAGGUUUCAGUGGAUUCAAGGGGCACAAAGGUGAAAAGGGGCCCACAGGUCCGAGAGGUAUUCCUGGAAUAAUUGGCAAUUACAUUGAUAGAGCAGGUGAAAAAGGUAUAAAAGGACUUCCCGGUGAUCCAGGACCUAACGCACCUCAAGCACCAAAGGGCCCACGUGGAGACCCAGGUUGGCCUGGAUUACCUGGAGACAGAGGCUUACCGGGACGAUCUCUGCCAGGCCCUGAUGGAGUAACUGGCCAUCCAGGUAUCAUCGGAGAUGAAGGACCGAGAGGCACACCUGGAAAUCCCGGUUUCCCUGGUAUAGACGGAACUCCUGGAGUUUCAGGACUCAAAGGAGAUCGCGGAGAACCUGGUCAAAAAGUAUUAUUCGGUGACAUGGGUUUGAUGGGUCCACCUGGACAGAAAGGAGAAUAUGGUGACGAAGGACCGCCAGGAUAUCCAGGAUUGCCUGGCACCCCGGGAUACAAAGGCAUUAAAGGAACCAAAGGUGCCCCAGGUUAUGCAGGACAAACAGGAGCUCAAGGCGUGAAAGGUCAAAUAGGAGCUUACUAUCCAGGACCGCCAGGACUUCCGGGACUUCCAGGCCCUGUCGGUAGACCUGGAGAAUGGGGAGAUCUAGGACAGAAGGGAGAUGACGGUGAAAAUGGUUACUUCGGCCUCCAAGGAGUUAAAGGAGAUCUCGGCGAAACCGGUUUCCCAGGAUUACCUGGCGAGGAAGGACUUCCAGGAUUGCCAGGUUUUGACGGUCCCGAAGGCUUACCAGGUGUCACUGGACAGUUUGGUGACCGCGGUGACAUUGGAGACGCUGGACUUCCUGGUUUUCCAGGACCCAAAGGACUACUCGGACCCAGAGGACAUAAAGGUGGACGAGGUGAUGCUGGACCCGACGGAUACGUUGGCCCGCAAGGCGAACCGGGAAAGCCAGGUCCGAUGGGAAACCCUGGAAUACCUGGAUUCGACGGUCAAAAAGGAGAGUCGACUUUUAGCGGACAAACGGGUGAUAGAGGAGAUGCUGGAUUACCUGGAGUGAGUGGAUUCGAUGGAAGACCUGGAUUACCAGGACUUAAAGGAAAACAAGGUGAUGUCGGUAUACCAGGAAUAGGACAACCAGGUAUUGUAGGUCCAAAAGGUGACAGAGGUCUUGACGGUCGACCAGGAGGUUUCGGUUUCAAAGGCGAACCAGGUGAAGCAGGUAUUCCCGGUCCAAAAGGAUUCACAGGUUCCCUAGGCAGAGUUGGAGCACCAGGAAAGCCUGGAUAUGCAGGCUUAGAAGGCUUACGGGGAAACCGCGGUGAAAUCGGUCUUCCCGGAUAUUCGGGAGCUAAAGGAGGAUCGGGCAUGAGCGGAGAGCCUGGACUAAUAGGUUUACCUGGUAUGCCUGGGCCUAUUGGUGAUGCUGGACCGAGAGGUCCAUGGGGUCCUAAAGGUUUUAAGGGUAACAGAGGUUUGCCUGGUAUAACUUUGCCCGGAUUUGCUGAAAAGGGAGAUGCUGGUGAAAUUGGAAUGUUUGGAUUAACAGGUCGGAAGGGAGCUGUUGGAGAUGUAGGAGUAGCAGGUUGGCCAGGAGCGAGAGGAGAAAGAGGCCGAAUAGGUGAAGCAGGCUUAAGAGGUGACGCUGGCUUGACAGGUUUGCCAGGUGAACGCGGUGACGCCGGUUUUCCAGGAGCCCCAGGAUUGCCCGGUCAAAAUCCUGAAGGCGGCGAUGCUGGAACACCAGGAGAAGAUGGUCUUCCUGGACCGCCAGGAAGGCUAGGACAGAAAGGGGCUCCGGGUGAAGCAGGUCAAGACGGUUUCAAUGGGCCUAGAGGGCAGCCCGGACUUUCUAUUCAAGGAGUCAAAGGAGUACAAGGUGACAGUGGAUUUGAUGGAGAACAAGGUCCAUUUGGACCGGAAGGUCCAUCAGGUCGUGACGGUUUGCCCGGUAUCGCAGGUGUCAAGGGUGUGACGGGUGAUUUUGGAUUUGCUGCUAGCAGUUUUAAGGGAGUCCGUGGAGAUGUCGGAUUCAAGGGUCUUAGAGGUCGUGACGGACAAAAAGGCGAACAAGGAGAUGCAGGUCUUGAAGGUUAUCCAGGUGAACAAGGUUAUUCAGGACAAAUAGGUCUUUCUGGUGAUAUUGGUUUGCCUGGAUUCCCUGGUAUUCCUGGUGCGCCAGGAUUAGAAGGUGAUGCUGGUGAUACAGGAUUUAAUGGCUUCCCAGGAGAGCCAGGAGAUGAAGGACUUCCUGGCCUGGCUGGUAUGUCAGGUAAACCAGGUUUAGAUGGCCGAGAUGGUUAUCCAGGUGCAGCAGGAGCCAAAGGUAUGAGAGGCGACACCGGAGACACAGGCUUGUUGGGUUAUCCAGGAUUGAAAGGUCUACCCGGAUCGUUGGGUAUUCCAGGUCGUAACGGUUUACCAGGUCUACCAGGACCGCAAGGUCCGAAAGGAGAACCCGCAGAACCCGCGCCCUUACCAAAAAGCCGAGGAUUUGCUGUCGUGAGACAUUCACAGUCGGAAAUAAUUCCAGUUUGUCCAAGGAAUACCGUCAAAUUGUGGGAAGGAUUUUCGUUGUUGCACAUUCAAAGUGAAAAAGACACUCACGGGCAAGAUUUAGGUAACCCAGGAAGUUGUGUGAGACGCUUCAACACGAUGCCUUUCGUGUUUUGUAAUUUAAAUGACGUGUGCGACUAUGCCAACACCAAUGACUACAGCUAUUGGUUGUCAACUACUGAACCUGUACCAAUGACCAUGACUCCUAUUUAUGGUAAUGAUAUCCAGAAGUAUAUUUCUAGGUGUUCUGUAUGUGAAGCACCCACUAGAGCUAUAGCAAUUCACAGUCAAGCCAGCACUGUUCCGCAAUGCCCUGUUGGUUGGGACGAGUUAUGGAUCGGAUGGAGUUUCAUGAUGGGUACCGAUGCUGGCGGUGAUGGCUCAACUCAAUCUUUAGUUUCACCUGGAUCGUGUCUGGAAGAUUUCAGGACUAAACCGUUUAUCGAAUGUCACGCCCAUGGCAGGUGCAAUCACUACACUACAGCGUUAUCCUUCUGGAUAGCUACAAUCGAGGAAUAUUCUCAAUUCAAAAAACCAGUGCCACAAACCUUGAAGUCUGGAUUCUUGACUACCAAGAUUAGUCGAUGCGCUGUCUGUCUUAGAAGAGUACCCUCUAGGCCAGAUGUUACACCGCCUCCAGCCCAAAUCAACAGGCAAUAUCAGCCGAAGCCGCCUGCGCCUUACAACCCUUACAGUCCCAGACCUGCAACUUACAAUUUCCAACCUUCUCCUUAUAAUCCACAAUCUUCUCCUUACAAUCCCCAAUAUAGGAACUUGAACUAUAGAGAUAGGCUCGUGGCUAGAAGACGUAGGCCGCAAUCUUAUGCGCAAAAUUACUCUAGGAAACCGCAGCAAGGCUGAAGGGUGGUUAAAUUUUAGGGAAAUUUGAUUUUGGCUUCUAAGCUACAAGUAAAAAUUGUACAUAAUUUAAUUAGGUAUAGUUAUUUAACCUGCUACGAAGAUUUUGGAUAAAUUUGCACACAAAGUUUAGUAUAGAAAAUUUGUCCAUAAUUUUCCUUUAAAUGUACGAAACGAGGAAAAAAUUGUAUGUAAUUAUGUAAAAAAGUAGGUUGCUCUAUCUCUGUUAUCUAUGUGCCAUUUUUGUACAAUACUAAAUAGGUUUUAAGAGUCGUGAUAAGUAUAAGGUGCUGAAAAAAUUGACUUCUAUUAUGUUUUUCCAUUAUUUAGGUUAACGACCAACGGUGAUUCAUCUUAGCGAUUAAUAAAUAGUAAAUUAAGGUAUUUUUUCAUGUUCCAAGCUUUUUUUAGCCAAGUAACUUUUUCCAAGCGCUUAAUUUGAGCUAAUAAUUAAAGGUACACUGCCAAGAGUAAAACCAAUAUGUUCAGUGUUAUUAAGUACUAAUUAUAAUAUUUUAUUUAUGAAAAUAAUAAAUAAUUUUGUUUUAAUAACUUCUACUGUUUUUUAUUAUUAUUAAUUAAUAAGCAGACAUUAUAAGAUAUGAGUUCUGUAUAAAACAGACGUGAAAACGGUAUCCUCUAUCUUACGGCUUGGGCCUAAUCACCAACUCAGGGUGAUUUGGAACUAUAUAGUUAGCAAUAAUAUCAAAAAGAUCAAACUUGAACUUAUCAUCUCCAUCACAAUUAUCGAUGGCAUAAUUGACUCUUCCCUUGCGGAGGUCAUUUUUAUGUGCAAUCGAAGUGUCUCUUGCUCUAUAUCUAGUAGUAUUAGUAUCUGGAUCCAUUAUCGACUCCCAAUCAUUAGAGCUAAAAGGAUAAACUGAUGUUGUGCUAACUUCUGUUAGUAGCUCCACUAUACGAUGUAGGGUCGUUGCUCUAAAAGUUCCAUCUAAAAGAUCAUGAUGUUCAGUUCGAUCCCUGUAGGCAACCAUGUGAUGAUAGAGAACUCUGAGAACAUCUCCAGCACGUUCGCCACUGUUUUCCUGAGCAAUCAUAAUGAGUCGGUAAUCAGGACCAUCUUCAGGAUCAUCUCUCCGUUCCAUUGGAGAAGGACCCAUUACUAUGUUACCAGGUAACCAAUAAAAAAAUGCUCGUACUAUUGCUAGUUCGGGUUUCUCUGCAUCUGUACUAUCAAACUUAUGCUCAACCAACUCAGUAGUUAUUAAAGCAGCUCGUUUAGCUGCUUCUAAUACUACCCUACUACUUCGAUCCCUGGCGAUGAUAGGUAACGUUUCUCUUACCAAAGUAUCCAAGUAUUGGCCAAAAGAGAAAGCUUCACCAAUUUCUUCAGUAGGCAUCCACUCUUGGGCUCUAUCAAUUGCCGCUUGUAGAAAGUCGGAGAUAAUGUUGUAGGGAAUGAUAUGGUGCCGUGCUAGUGGGAGUAGCGUGUUUUCCACUUCGCCCAAUCUCACACCAUUCUUGCUGACAACACCUUCAGUGAUUAAGCGUACUCCAUUUUGCACGGCACGGUCCCUGAGCAUAAAUUCGCACCGAUGAUCGGGUAAGUUCACAUCUUUUUCUUUUACAGCGACUGUUGAUCUUAACACUAGAGUGGUUAGUAAUAAGGGUAAUACAAUCAUUGAGUAAAACUUUUUACUUGCAUUUAUAAUAAUGAGUUGUAUGUGAUUUGAGCGAUAUUUUCAACUAAAUGUUAUCUUAUUG